AAACUUGUCAUGCGAAAAUUCUCCAAACCCAAGAUGACAUAUCUGCUUGGAAUGGUUCCGUCCGAGUGGGAAACACUCAAGAGCGUGGCUCGUCCGAUCGUGAAGGCCAAAUUGGACAUAAACAUCAAAUUUUGCAACCAACCUGCAGACCAAGUCGCUUUCGUUGUCGCAAAGGUCAUAGCAAAAAUUCGUUGGCUGGAUAGAUAUGUCGAUGCGUGGCCUGUUGAGAUGUAUAUUCAUCUUUAUCUCAUGGGUCGUGCGCAGCGGCAAACUAGACGGUGUGAACAAUUCCGCUCGAAGGCAUCUUGCCCUUUGGAUUAUUCACGAAGGACUUGCUUUCCUCACAGUUAUCCUUGGCUCCGUUCCAUCAACCCUCUCGCGAUGGACGCUGAUCUGCCGUGCAUAUUAGUUCCGGCCCAGAAGCCUUCCAGAUCUGCCUCGCCUUCUAUAGCCAAUGCUUGAAUCGGCGAUGGCCCUCU